AAUUAACACAAAAACCAAAACCAGUACUAAAGUAGGAGAAUAGUCAUCUGCAUCUCAUUAUUUUCAGUGUCUUACAAAAACUGAACCCACGCGCCACCGUCGUCGAUGGGUAUGCUAAGUAGGAAAGACAAGAAAACCUCAGAUUCAUCUUCAUCUUCUUCUUCUUCUACAUCUCCUUGUGCUAAUUUCAGAGCAGCUUAUCACAAUUGCUUCAACAGAUGGUAUUCGGAAAAGUUUGUAAAAGGUCAAUGGGAGAAAGAGGAGUGCAUCUCAGAAUGGCAGAAAUACAAAGCAUGUCUCUCUGAACACUUGGAUGAUAAACAUUUGAGUCGUUUCUUAGAGGCUGAGAAGUCAGUGGUGGAUCAUUGUGGUCAAUCUAGGUAACAACACUAAUAUGUUAAAAAUGUAAUAUGAGCCUUUUGAAUUUUAAUUGAAAUGGAGUGUAAUUCAAAGUAAUUACUAAAUUUAACUUGUUUGUUUAAAUGAGAAAAUACAAACGAGAUUGUGAGAACAAAGAUAGGAAGGUACGAAGGAAGAACUUGUUUUAGUAGUUCUUGCUUGUUUGAAAGUUUGUACAAUUGUUAUUGUGAUAGAGUGUAACUGAGAGUAAUUACUAGAUUAGGUAAAUAAUGAUAUAAGUACUAAGUUUAUAAGCUGUAUAAAUUUAAUAGUUUUUUUUAAUGGCAUAAGUAUUCAAUAUUAGUGAAAGUAUCAUUUCCAUUUAAUUUCA